AUGUCUGACAAACUAAUGGAUACCGAGCCCGGCGGCGAACAAACCCAGUACGAAGGCACCCACACUUUCGUCGAACCACACAACAAACAGACUGGCCAGUUAGGCGGUAUGAAGCCUUUCCCUCAACUCAUAGUACGGUCACUAAAUCCUGCAGACCCUUCGACGGGAACCUCCACCCAACCCCCAAAAGCCCCCGUUGACGAGCCGAACACCCAAGGCGUCACCAAAGCCGAUAAGAUUCGAUACGGACAGAGCAUCCAAGAGGGCGGCAUGGGAGGCAAGACGACAAGUUCGACGGGCGAGGCGAAUUCUGAGGGAGGUUUUGGCGGCACCAAGGCGAUCAGUGAGGAUACAGAUGGAUUUAGGAAGGAGAGGAGAGAGCAAGGGUAUGGAGGUGGGAAGGACAUGGACAGGAAUAUCGGUGCUUAG